CUUUUCGCUCGUUCGUCGUAACGCAAGUGUUGGUGAAAUUUUUGCGUAGUGUGUACAAAGGACAAAUGGAACAACUAAAAAAAUCAAAUUACAAACCUUGUUAAAUGCUGUUUUUCUUACAACAAUUCAAUAUACAUAAUAAACAAAAAUCUUUAGUUGAAUGUAUGCUAACAGUGAAAGAAGAAGACCACAAGACUCUCUCUUUUUCUCUCUCUCUCUCUACUUCGAUCGUCGCGCUCUCACAUGUUCACUGUAUUUGUUGCUAUGAUUAUUGUUAUAUUUUGCCAUUUUGCAUUUGCUCUCUCUCACGCGCUCGCGACUUUCACGAAAUUGUAAUAGUAUAACAAAAAUAAAAAUAAAAAAAUAUAGUAAACAAGGCAAGCCACAUUGUGCAGCAGGGGACUUGUAUGUACUAAUACAUACGCACUUACAUAUGUAUAUGCAUUUGUGUGCAAAUUGAUGACAACGAAGCGUGUGUGAAGCGAGCAGUGCGUGAAUCGGGUGCAAUGAAAUGAGUUUGGUGGAUUGGCAGAGUUUUCUUUAAAGUGCAGUUAAAAAUAAAUACAUACAUAUACAGAGAGACACGCAUUCAAAUUCAUUAAUAUGUAUGCAUUCAAAUAAGAAUGGAUUACUAUAACAAAACUCAGAAUAUCAGAUAAAAUGGUUUCCAAAUAAAGUUGCCAUUCUUUAUAAACAUAUGAACACUUGUUGUUGUGUUGUUAACGCACAUAUUAUUUGAAUAAUCAACAAGUUAUUAAGAUGGAUGCACAAUUUGAGCAUUUGUGUCGCAUAUGUGCAGCCAACACGAAAUGCAAAAAUAAUUCGGUCGUCGAAAGUGUGUUUAUUUUCAAAACAUUGGGACUAAAGGAUAAAAUAGCCCGACAUCUCUUCUUGGACGUGGCAGAGGAUGACCCUUUGCCAAAAGUACUUUGCAAAUCCUGUUAUCGGCAAGUGGAAGCCACAGCUUCGCUCUCAAAUAUAGCCAAGCAUACGCAACGUGUGUUUCGGGAUUUUUUGCUCAGCACAGUGCCCAAACAUGCACGCGAGGCAACAGCAGCAAAGCUGAACGCUCCAACAGUUGCACAUGUUCCGCAUCCAACACCAGUUCAGGAUAUAAGAGAAAGCAACCACAGUGUCAGGAAUCACAGCACCUUGGACAAUGAUACAUUUCAGCCCAUAAUGCUAACACGCCCGCCUGAGACAACCAUCACACUUGCAGGCAAUCAAAAACGUGAUGAAAUUGUUGUCAGUUUACCUCGACAGACUAACAAAGACAGCGAGAUGUGUCAGCAACCGAAACCACAGUGCGUACCGAGUACUGAAGCUACCCAAUAUACUACCAACAAUCGGGGCAACUUAAAGAUUAACAAUCUUAUGCUGCCGACUCGGCGCAAUAGCGUAUUUGGUGACACACGAUACAGCUCUGCACCAAUGUCUAUUGCACAACGGUCGAUGCAACAGCCGCCUUCCUUGGCGCCUUUACAUCCGGAGAUGUCACUUUCCAAAAUUCCGAAAAAAAGCCCGGAAAAGAGAAAUUCACCAGCGGGUGUUAUUAAUUUUAUACAGACUCAUGGCCGCAUCACUGGAACAACUACAGCUGCACCAUCAAUCACCACGAGAACUAAUAAAGACUACAAGGAUGAAGAAAUUAGAAGGGCCAUGAAUAUCAGAAAUCAACCUACUGCUCCCAGUUCAACUUUAACUUCAACUUCAGCUCCAACUGCAACUACACAAGUCGCCAACAAUGUUGCUGUUACCAAUUUGCCAACAAGUGUGCUGCAACAAAAGCGACGUAAUCUUAAAAAUGCCUUAAGUAACAUCAGUGCCAUACGGGAUGGACAAGUAUCACUUUUAAAGUCAUCUCAGCCACGCCAGACAGUGGAAGAAAUUGAUAUCCGUCCUCUGGUUACAACCACAGUGGUGCCACACUUAUCGCUGUAUGGAUCAGAGCAAUCUGUCGAGGAGGCACUUCCUGAGCAUAUUAUUAUAGCUGCUCCUAAGAAGAAGAAAGAAGAGUUCCGCCAGGGUCCUCCUAAAUUACAAAAAAUCACAACAAUCCCAACAAAAAAAGCGCAAUCAUCAAGCGAUGCAAGUCCACAAACAUCAUCUGCUAUCAAAUCGAAUUCCCCACCCAGUAUGAGUAGCCUUACUGACGCCAUUUCACUGGGAAACGUUAUUCGAGAUCCAGAUCUUCUUAUGCUAAUACUGAAGGCCCUUAAAUGGCCAGUCACAAAUGGUAAUUGUGAGGAGCAAAUGGCGCGAUUGAAGAAUUCAAAAUUCGCCGUAAUUAUGUCAGACAGCAAUCUGUUGCAGGAUACAGACUUAACGCAGCUGUUGGGUCCGUAUCUAGGCCCCUUGAUGAACGUUGGUCAACAGCAGCAGAAGCAAUCAUCCUCUACAAAUACUAAAACUCCGUCGCCAUCCGUGAGUCCAACUCAAAACAAAGCUGACCUGCAAAAGAUUGGAGACUGCACUAUGUAUAAAUUGCCACCAGAGACAUCGGUACAAUUGGUGCCCUCCAGUCCAACAGAUCAGGAGCCACCACCAAGUAAACCAUUAGGCUCCAUCUCAAAGCGGCCACAUCGAAAGUCACGUGCUCCUCCAGAAUAUUUUAUUGAUACUCCUGCUACAGAAACCACAACUUCAAAUGCUGCUCAUGUUACUAAAGAAUUGCUCAAUAUUAAUGCAAUGUUAAUUUCACAAUUUGGCUCAAAUCCGGCCGAUGCGCUAAACGAGGCAUUGAUUUCCAUGUUAAAGCAACAGCAGCAACAGAAAUCUAAGAGCCAGCGACAUAAUUCUCGACGAAGUCGCAGUGCAUCCACAACGAGCGCUCCGAUUAACUUGGAAGAUAUUAUUCUAAUUGAACCUGAACCUCCUCAAUUAACAGAAUCCGCUUCACCGAAAUCUGAUGGCGAUGUAAACACAUGUAAGAUGCCAUCACAGAAGUUACCUGAACCUCCUCUGAUAACGCGACCCGUAAUUAAGCGACGCAAGGUCGUUAUGCAAACGUCGGAGCAAAUUAGUGGUGAAAACAACCCAUGCAGAGAUGAUCAAAUGCCAAUAGCCAAAAAGAAUGAAGAUAAUGCAACAAAGACUGAGCUCGAACAAUGCAAGGAUAAGGAGACGGCGACGAUGACGAAGACGACGACGACCUCCAUUUCCGUUCCAUCGAAAAAUGUUGAAAUUUUAAGUAGCCAGCCGGUUAUGGAAGUGCCUCAAGCACCUACCAGCACUGUCGCGGAAGCUAUUCCCAGUGACAAUCUUAACCAUCAAGAAGUAGAAGUAGAAAGUGCAACCGAUGAUGGAGCUGCCAGCCCAGCUAGCGCUGCUAAAGACGUAAUCCCGAAUAAAUCCACAGCGACAAACGUUCGUAAAACAGAUGUUAAGUCUGCCUUAGGCCAGAAACUUUUGGAAGCCAUAGGUUUACCACAGCCUGGCAAAGACGUACCCCCAGAAUCUUCGCGUGAUACAUUGCGCAGUGCACUCAAGCGAUCUUUAAAGCAGGCCCAAGAACAGCAGCAGCAAUUGAAACGCGUUAAGCAAGAGGAACCUGUCAAACAGAUGGCCGAUUCGACAACGAAGACUGGCGCUGGCGAGUCUUCGGAGGAACACAAAAAGGCUAUUGCUGAGCGGGAACUGGAGCUCCUCAAGCGUAAGGCAAAAAUUGCAGAAAAAAACAAUUUAUCAACGAUCAAGGAUGAGAAGUCCGAGCGCAUGGACGUAAGCUCAUCGUCAUCGCGCAAUCGUCGAAGCCGCAAUAAAUCAAAAACUGAUGCUCUGGAAGAAGACUCUGGUGUUGAAGAGAAGAAAAGCGAGCGAUGGGAUGAAGAUGAUGAUUUGCCAUUAAAAUCCGAACUAGAAAAGUCCACGGAGCAUAUUAAUCGACCCACGCGCACUAGCAAAACGAUGUCCAAGUAUUAUAAGAGUCCAGGCAACGAUAAAGCUUCGUCGGUCCAGAAGUCGCAGCACGCUAUGGGAACUCGCUCAGCCCGGCAACGAUAACGAUGAAUUGCAAUUGCCACGAACAUCAGAAGUUUCAAUAAACACACCAACAAAUUGCGCUGCGUCUGACAUAUAAAAUAUGCGCAGACAUUAGAACUUCUAAUAUUAAUAUAUAAAUAGAAGUGUAUACAUACUUUAAUUGUAAAUAGUUUAACUAUUACUCAAAAAGAGUUAAAUUUAGGAUUUGUUUAAAUCGACCAACAUAUAAAAUGAAUCAAAAAGAAAAUAUACUUUUAAUUAAUUACAUUAAUUAUUUUUGUAAAGCACACAUGACUUAAAUGAUAUUGAUAGAAUCGAAAUGCUUAAAUAUUAGUCGAAUUAUAUGUUUUUUAAA